GGCAUAUCGAGUGUUCUCAGAAACAGGAAAAUCACACGACAGAGGUUAUGUGAGGGUAAAGUGUCCUAGUCGGAUUAUUACGUUCUUGUAACGCGAAUCGUGCGUGGCGAAGGUGCUGAUUUCUCGUGAGAGAAUGAUCAGCGAGAAUUGAAGUCAACGGAGCACGGAAACUAUGUUCGUCAAUCGAUAGAGAAACAGUGUCUACAAUUUCAUCAGUCCGCGUGACAGGGACUUAAAAAGUCGUUUCAAAAAGAAAAAAGAGAAUAAUGGAGAACCGCAACGCUCAUUUGUUUCGCGUUAAUUGUGUGCCGGAUCUCUUCGUUCUACUCCUUUCUUCCGUGAUGGUGACAAGCUUACCGACGCAAGAGACAAGUGUCGUUGAUAUCAUGAAGAAGGACUCGAAUUUAUGCAACGACAUUAAAGUUUUAUACGAAUCAGUAUACAUAAAAAAUUGCACAACGUUGGAAUAUCCCACUCAAUUUUGGGACACCAAAGAGGAUACCUUAGACAAGUAUCUGUGCUUGGGAGUUUACGAUACGGCGUACAAAAUUUGCAAAUAUUCUAAUCAUUUACAAAUUCCCCUUAAUAAUGUAGCAAUAUUUAAUUCAAGUAUAGAGAAAUUUUUUCCUGGUGAAAAGUCUCUCGGGAAUACGGAAAAUAAAGAUGCUAAAUACUGCGAGGACAAUUUGCAGGGAUUCACGUUGCAAUACGAUAAAGUAAAAUUAUACUGGGGACCAUUGGUUGAUAGGCUCAGUAAGCCUCACAUGUGCCAGAGAAUAUGCUUCGACAUGAACUUUAUCUUCCGUCCAUUAUGCGCGGUAUUUGCUUGGAUCAAGAGCAUUGACGAUGAAAUAAACAACGCACCGGUAACAAAUCACAAUCCUGUGCCGCUUGAUGUGGUGCAGAUGCCAGAUCAUCAGUCAGUUAACACGAAACUGGAAACUGAACAGGAAGCAGUUAAGAAGAAACCUGAAGUAAAAGAACCCAAAGAUCAAUCACAUGACAAGUCAAAGGAUGUUUCUAAUGGUGUACUGAAUGAACACACGCAAUCUAAUACGGAAAAAGUCGAAUCUGAUUUCGAAAAAUCGAACAAACAUGAAACCCAGAAAAUAUUGAACGAUACUUCUCCAAAACUGUUAGAUCAUAACCUACAUGAGAAAGGUAAAGAGAAUAUUAGUAAUGUUAAAGCUGAAACUAAUGCCGAAGCUCCAAAGGCUCCGGACAAUGUGCCAAGCAAAGAAGAUAUAAAUACAAAAGAAGUUAUGAAAGAGACAAACGCGGAAGAAGCUGACAGGAAGUCAGAGGUCGAAGACACAAAGACUAGUACACUUUCUGAAAACACACAGGACCAUUAUGGUGCUGGCAAUGAGGACGAUGAUAUGGGAGACACUAUUGAUACUGAUGACACGAUUCCACAACCAAUAGAGACAGGAAAUCAAAAUGAAAAUCUACAGGAACCCAGUGAACAGAAGAAUAACGUACGAUACCACAAUAUAAGUACUGAAGGCGAUUCUCAUUUCUUCACUUACUUCACCGUGACCACUGUAGCGUGUAUCGCUUGUUACAUAGGUUAUCAUAAUAAGCAGAAGAUACUUGCUAUUGUAUUAGAAGGACGAAGAUCAAGGAAUAGUCGUGGUAGACGUCGGCCGAGCACAGCCAGCUAUCGGAAGCUGGAUUGCACACUCGAAGAAGCCGUUACGUCGCAAUGUAACGCCAACGUUACUCAUGUCAUAUAUUAAUGCGAGUAGAGUAUCACAAGUUUUAUAAUGUCUGUACCAUAGUACUGCAGGUGUAAUAUAUUUUAUAUUUAAGAGCAUACUUCCAGCAUAUAUAUAAUAAUCAUUAAGAUUUUAAGGAUUGUCUCACGUUUUUGCGAGUCGAAUCUUGCGGGAUAUCGAAAUUUAUGAGUAAUACAUGCAAUAACAUGGUAUAUGUUAUAGCAUGUAUGCUAUAAAUGGUAUAUUUUAUAGCAUGUAUGUUAUACAUGAUAUAAAUGCUUGGUGAUAUCAGAGACUAUAUUAUUAUAGAUAAAUAGAGUAAUUAUGCUUUUAUUUCGUGAGAAAAAUUGCGGAUUAAAUGAAUAAUUUAUCACUUAUGAAAUGUGAAGUGUAUUGUCAAUCGUUAAAAAAAUCGUGAGAAAUUUUCUAUCGCACGAACACACACGGACAUUUAAGAAUUAUAAUUUCCGGACGAGACAAAAUAUGAUAAAAAUUCUGGUUUAAUAUGUUUGCAACGUUCUCUAACUUUCAAACAAAUCAUUUCUUCCGGAUUCUCAUGUAAACUACACAACACUAAUGUACAAUUAUACACAACACUAAAAAGAACAUCUAUGUUGCUUUUUUUAUAUCGUAUUAAGUAUUUUGUUACUCAUCACAAUGCUUAUAUUGGAUUUUCAUUGCAACUAUAGAGAUAUGACUGCGAAGUAUAACACAAUUUUUGGUACAGACAAUCUACUGAUUAGAGUCGAUUAUUAAUUAAUUUAAUUACAUUUCGUGAUUUAUAAAUUACUUUUUUAUUUAAUAAAUUUCGGUUCACAAUUUUUAUUUAGUCGCUUUCAUGUUUAAGUUUACAAAUUUUGAACUGCCUUUUGUAUACAUUAUUUAUUUUAUUAACUCGAUAGUUCCUUAAUUCAUCUCUAAUAAACGUAAGUUUGUGAGAUUUGUAGUUUGUGAUUUAACCAGCAAUCUCGUUAACAGAAUUCGUUUUCAACUGGAAUUUUGGUUCAUUUAUAUUUUACCAGAUAUUUAGUUAAACCAAAUCUUUUUUUCUGUGCACCAUGCGUUUUGAAGAAGCGGGAUUAUUUCAUAGAUAUAGCUAGUGAAUUCUAUAAAAUGUUAAUCAUGUAUCUCAUAAAGAAGAAAGAUCAUAUACUUGAUGUACGACCGCGAUAAAUCCAGAUAAAUUUUCGUUUCGUUGCUGCUUUGGAAAUUAAUACUUUCUACGAUAUAAUUAUUAUUUUACCUAUUGCGUGUAGGUAAUACAUAUAUAGUAUAUGUGAUGUAUUUUAUAGUAUACGCUAUUCGUAUAUUUAACAACACAAUUAUUUCCACGACUGCACUCAAUUCUGUCUCGCUAAAUAUAUUGUCACUUUUUUCUCUUUUGCUAUUUUUGUCUUAAGAAAUAAUAUGUACUUUUUGUCUCGAUACAGUUGAUAAUAAUUGCUCGUUACAAAGAAUUGUUAAAUUCGCUUUUAUUCUCCUUAGCUUAUAAAGUUUAGUUGUGUAAAGGAUUGUUACAUGAUUUCGAAUACACAUCGAAAUUCAUCGGAUAAGAACAUAGUAUUACAUCUCUACUCGAAUGUUUGUGUAAACAAACAUUCAGUUUAAUUUAAUAAUUUGCUGCGUCAACGUUUUUCAACACCGUAUUAGUUUUCUAGCGUAAAACCGUCCAGUUAUAUCCAAUAGUCCAGUUGUAUCCAAAUAAAAUUCACGGUUAACUUCUCUUGUAAGUUUUUACAUACAAUUUAUAAUAGAUUUAAUAUCCGGUGAACACACUGUGAACGUAAACGUACGUUUAUGUAAACCCCAGAGACAGUAAUCCGGAAACAACUCGACUUAAUAAGAUAAGAAUACUUUGCUGCUGAAGCUGUUUAUUAAUUAAUGUAUAAAAGUCGAAAAUUUCUGUGAAUUACUUGUACAUUUUUAUUAAAUAAAUGCUAAAUGCACAUUUAUUUUUCUUAA